GGGCUCGAUCAAUAUGAGUUAAAGAUAUACGUUACUGAUAACGUAUGCAAGUAAUAAAUGCUACUAAAGACCAUUGGCUGAACGUAUGUCCGUUGGCCUUUGUGGGUGACUUCUGGUCUUCGAUGUCGACUGGAAUUCUUCAGAGUGGAUACAGGUCGUCGAGUGGAUGGGGAUGCAGUCCGAGUGUUUACAUACCGAGUGACUUUUUAGGUGCCAUCCCCAUCCAGUCGGAAUCUUCUGUCUGACCCUUGGCCUAAUAAUGAGGUACACUUGGGUAGGACAUUCAGGUCAGGCAUGUGACCCUUCCCUAGGUACACAUCCCCAUCAUUAGCCCCCGAAUGGAUCGGGGUUCGAGUGACGAAGGGGUCGAUGCAAGUUCUUGAUGAGUUGUUCUCAUCUUGGUCAUUUUCCUCGGAUUGAUAAAACUUCGGGUCGACUGAAAUCUUCGUCAUUCGCCUUGAUCGAUUUCCGUUGCGAAGUGUGCCCGAGUGAUUUCAGAUGCUUGGACUCAUUCUCAGUGACUGACAGGAUCUUUUGAUAUGACUGAUCACUACGGCAGGUCCGGAUCUCACGGGAUUCGAAAUUUCGGUUUCCGCGCGCCUCGCGGGGAUGACGCAACUGUCAGGGCAAGUGGAGCAACAAUGCCUCGAUUACCGUGCCGUCAUCAUCGCCACGCAUCAUGUCUCCUCUGAUAUCGUGAUAAGCUGAGAUCUGGAGGGCCCACCAGUCGGUGACUCAGUCGGCCGGUUAUAUAAAUGCGGUUGGGGCUAGGGUUACAGCUGCGCCUUGAUCUUUUCUUGCUUCUCCUCCACCUUUGUCCCACCAUCUUUGAUCAGUCUUUCCUUCACCACCGCAGCCAUGCCGAAGAGAAAAAUCUCCAAGCUCGAGCGCACUAAGAAGGGCGGCAAGGGGAGAAAGCCCGGUCGGACCGCAGUGCCGACAGGGUGGAUACAAGGGGAUUUUCUUUCGUCCACCGUGACGAAGGAGGACGUCCUGGAUCUUGUCGAGAACGGGAUGGUGGUGGAGAACUCUUGGAGACUGCCGGAGGGGGAGCUUGAGCCGGCACCUCGCGAGGGGGAGCGGGUCCUUUUCCCCACACAUGUCGAACGAGGUUUUUCUCUGCCUCCACACCCUUUCUUCCGGGGCUUCCUCUUUUACUUCGGGAUACAACUUCACCACCUUCCACUGAAUACUGUCGCAUACCUUUCCGCAUUUAUCACUCUGUGCGAGUGUUUCUUGGGUUGCCCUCCUCACUGGGGGCUGUUCAAGAACAUAUUCACUGCUUGGUCCCAAACGGUGAAAAAAGCGAAUCCCGGGGACUCUCGGACCAACGUUAUCCAGUUGUGUGGUGGGUUAGGGAUCCAGAAAAGGAAUAUGAGCGCUUAUCCUCCAAUGACCCUUCCUGAAUCGGUUAGAAACUGACAGUCGACAUGGUUCUACUGCAAUGAUAUCGCAUCUCCGAACAUGUCGACCAGCCUCCCUCCUUUCACCUUAGAUCGUCCGACUUCCCCUAGAAUACCGACUAUAUUCGAGGCUGAGAAGGCAGAAGUGGAGAUGUUGGCGGGUGAGGUGAUCAGCUUGGUCAGAAAUGGGCUGACUGGUAUGGACCUGCUAGAGACGUUCCUUAGUCGGCGCAUCCAACCCCUUCAGGUGAGGGACCAUGCCAUGUGGCAUUACUCUGGUUCUGAAGAUUCCACUCGGUCGCACCACGAGGAAGUCGAUCAAGAAAUGGUAAGCUAGUCGAUCAAAAGCAUCAUCGGUGCUUGCGACAACCCCGUGGGAUCCAAAUGAGUCGUGCCAUAUUCUGCUGAGAAUAAGCCGCAAAAAUGGAAUGGACGAACUUGCACUCUCCUGUGCCCAACAUGGAGCAGUUUGAUCUCGGGGCGGAAAGUGAAGGCGGCAGCGCCGAGAGUGAAUAUGUUGUUGAUAGUGAAGAAAGCGAAGAUGCUUCAGACGGCAGUGAAGAAGAAGAACAACCUCCUCCAUGCCGCGAGCCGCGAUCCAAGCAACGUCAUGACCCAGUGGCUGCUCCAAGCAAAACAGUCACCUCCAGCAGUAGAAAUGUGAAGCGGGACCGAGCCGCUGCAACUGACUCUGUGGAAAAGGCUGCGAAGCAGCCAAAGCCUGAUGCGCCCAAGCUUCGGAAGGCCUUGCCGCGUAUGAGAAUUGUCCUGACGGUCACCUCAGUUGCUGUUACUUCGGUGUCGACUUCUGUCGGGACUGGAGAUGAUCAUAUGGACUUGGAAGUCGUGGAUAAGCCUGCUCCUCGACCAGCUUCAGACGUCAGUUUCUUAGAUGACGAACAAGAGCCGCAGCAUACAGCUGCAGAACAAACUCUUGUCGAGCCGGUAACGUCUGCACUGGGAAUGCCUGUGACGCCUGCACCGAGUGUACCUCCGGUCGGUUCGGGUGCUAUGGCAACAACCCCUCCGACUGGAUCGACUAUCGUGCCGACUGUGCUGAGUGCGCCUCCGGUAACCCAAGCUACCACUGCUAUGAUGCCAACCUCCUCAUCACUUGCAUUUUCCCUGCACCGCGUCCUAGAGGAGCAUACUGGUGCUGCCAAAGAGGCUAUGAUCCAAGCUGAGCUGAUGAUGCAGCGGACUAAGGAGGUGUUCGAGGCCAGUAAGUUGGCGUAUGACGCCAGCUCGGCGCUCCAGGCGAACAUCCGAGUAAGUUCAACUGCUUGCGAGAUUGGGUCGCAAUAUACCCAGAUGGAAUCUAAGAAGAACCAGCUGCAGCUGGAGUAUGACACUAUGAAGAAGGUGCUUGAAGACACGGAUCUAGUCCUUGCAAAACUUAAGGAGAAGUCCAAAGCUGAUGAGCAGAAGCUUGCGGACUUUAACAGGCUGGUGGCAGAAAAUGAAAAAAUGAAGAAAGAAAGAGAUGUGUGGGCAAAGAAGCUUGAUUUUAUGGCAAAGAGGGGAAACACCAUAGAAAAGUUUGUAAAAGAUUUUCUGGCGAAGAUGCUUGCAACCCUCAUUGGUACGUUCUCUUUGCCGAGUGUAUUUGUGCAAAUUUCACCGAAUGAAAUGUGACUAAUGCUUCAUCUUUCUUCUUCCACAAAAUUCUGUCCGGACUUGGAGAAACAAACCUUCGAGGUGGAGCCAUACCUGGACCACAUUAAGAUACGUGUUCCUGAUGACUUGGCCAUAGAUAUGUAUCGCGUCAACUGUCGCCUCGUGAAGGUUCAAGGGUAUCUCACUUGACUGCGAGUUGCUGUGGCGGGAUUGGCAAGGAACUGUGGCAUGAGGAUACGUUCCUUGUUGAUUUGGAAGCUAUGAUGCACCACUUGGGUCGGGUUCCUGACAGGGUCCAAGCAUGGAAGAAAUCCGCUGCUUGCUGUGGAGAUGAUGUUACCCUCUCACUCGUCAGGGUUCAUUGCAAGGAGGCGAGAGAAGAUAAGCUAAAAACGUUCCAAGUGGCGAACACCAAGAAGCUCCAGUUCAAGGAUUUCAUGGAGACCUUCAUCAGCGCUGUGACUCGCAUUGCUGAUGGAAUUGAUCUCGAUACUUUUGUCGAUCCAGCAAGUCCCGGAGGUCCUUGAGAAGGAAACUGUUGUUAUUCCCAAAAAACUUUAAAUUUGCCUCGGUAUGCCGAGUGGUUGAUGUACCGUUAAACUUCGUUUGGGUGUAGAACCCGAGUACUUUAUGGCUGCAUGGAUGACUUUGAUCCGUGUUGAGCUCUUUUGAAUUUAUCUGCUUCUGAGAUUUACGAGA